UUCUCUCUCGUUCUCUACCGCUCUCCUGACACUCCGUGGUCACAGCCUACUGCUAUAACCACUUUCGGGGCUAGGCGCCAGCCUCCAGAAACGCCGCACACGGGGACGCUAAGUGCUUUAACUCUAUAAAGAAAUCAUGCAAAGAAAAACGUGGAUUGUACAUGUAAUUAACGCGUGAGAUCUACCGCAACCAAGACGAUUCGUUUCACAGUGGGGGUAUUGUGUUGAACUAAGACGACGUGGUGGAGGAACGGAGAAAGGAACAUUGCGACAGAAGCAUCGCAGAAGAAAAACGCCGCACAGGGUUCGAUGUGUCUGAUCAAUCCGAGCACAGGUCUGUGGAAAUGCAGGAUCUAGCCAGCCCUCACAUCAAAGCCUGUGGAAGCAGUAGUGAGUGUCUCGAUGGUCAGAACACCAACAGAUCCCAGAUCAGCCACAACCACACAGCGCCAAAUGGCACAGAAGUUAAGAAGGAGCCAAUGAGCAGUCGCAACAUCAUUGUCUCCUUGGCAACAGAGCAGCCUCCGGACAGCCUAUCAGGAUCAGAGAUUGAAAACAGUGGCCUGAGUCCAAGACAAACACAGCAGUUUCCUCCUCAGAUUCACUCCUCAAAUAGGCCCUACCCACAUAUUGUUCCUGCUCCACCAUCAUCCCAAGCGAUGGCAGUAUACGGGCAAACGCAGUAUCCCACAGGAAUCCAGUCAUCCCCGGCAUACCCAAACUAUUCACCCUCGGGACAAGCCUACGGACUCUCGAGUUAUGGUCCGCUAUGGGCAGGCAUAAAAACGGAGGGCGGUCCGCCACACACCACGUCCCCCGGACAAACCAGCCUCUUGAGCUAUGGUUCCAGCUUCAGCACACCCCAGACAGGACAGGCUCCCUACAGCCAUCAAAUGCAAGGGGGAAGCUUUUCGGCGACGGGACUGUACUCAGGAAGCAGCUACCUCUCGAACUCAACUGGAUUCAACGGUGCUCAGCAGGAAUACCCCUCAUACUCCACCUUCAGCCAAGGGCAGUACUCCCACUAUUACAACAGCGGCUCCUACACCUCCUCCCCCUACGGAACGGGGAACACCAGCAGCCGCACCACCCCCUCCUCAGCCUCCACCUUCACCCUGCAGGAUGCCACGCCCGCCACGAACGGCCAGGCCCCAACCGACAACCGCCCAGUUGGCGAGUACAGCGUAAUCCAGAGUCAGUCCGCUCGCGGCACAGACUCGGGUUUGGAUCAAAAUGGCCGACCGGCGGAAGGAAAAUCACGCGGGCGGGGCAGGCGGAUCACAAACCCGUCUCCAUCUCUGGACUCGGUCCUGGAGCGUGUUUUCAUCUGGGACCUGGACGAGACUCUCAUCCUUUUCCAUUCCCUCCUCACCGGCUCGUACGCCAACAGAUUCGGGAGAGAUACCUCAACCUCUGUGUCAUUAGGACUCAGGAUGGAAGAACUGAUCUUUAAUCUGGCUGACACACAUCUAUUCUUCAAUGAUUUAGAAGAGUGUGACCAGGUCCAUAUCGACGAUGUAUCCUCAGAUGACAAUGGCCAGGAUCUGAGCGCGUACAACUUCGGCUCAGACGGCUUUCAAACGGCGGCCACCAGCGCCAGCCUCUGCCUGGCCUCGGGAGUGAGGGGCGGGGUGGACUGGAUGAGGAAGCUGGCCUUCCGCUACCGACGGGUAAAAGAAGUUUACACCACGUACAAAAGCAACGUCGCAGGUCUGCUGGGUCCAGCCAAAGGGGAGGCGUGGCUGCAGCUGAGGGCUGAAAUCGAAGCUCUCACCGACUCCUGGCUGACACUGGCACUGAAGGCCCUGACUUUAAUCCAUUCAAGGCCAAACUGUGUGAAUAUUUUAGUGACGACAACGCAGCUGAUCCCUGCCCUUGCAAAAGUCCUGCUGUACGGGCUGGGAGCUGCCUUUCCCAUAGAAAACAUUUACAGUGCCACGAAAAUCGGGAAAGAAAGCUGCUUCGAGCGGGUGAUCCACCGGUUUGGGAGAAAAGCCGUUUACAUCGCCGUUGGAGAUGGCGUGGAGGAGGAGCAGGGUUCAAAAAAGCACAACAUGCCAUUCUGGAGAAUCUCCAGCCAUUCGGACCUGGCGGCGCUCCAUCACGCCCUGGAGCUUGAUUACCUAUAGUGCCAUGGCAACCAUCUCCAACGUUGGACUUAACCUGGGAGCCCAUCCUUCAAAAACUGUGGAAACAUUCCCCCUCUUAUUGUGGAACCUGCAUAUAAACCAUGUCUCCUUUGAGUUCCCAUGGCACCCAAAGCCAUAACUAACGUGCCUCGUUUGUUGGUCCAUUUAUUUUCAUCUGAGUGCAUCAUCUGAGGAUAGACUCUUAUUGGUGAGAUGGUUUCACAUAAUGGGCAUCCACAUCACAAGCCCCCAUGGUGACUCGGGAGGCACUGGCUCCCUCCCCUUUUUUUUGCCCCAAAUGGUGGAGGAGGAAUUUGCAGCAGCCCAAUUUGAUGACCUCAUCAAUGUGGGACCGGAGUGCUCUCAGAGAAGCUGUCGGAGCCAUUUUAAAACUCCGUUCUCCAGUGCUGUCAAAUGACUGACCGAGGAGCUAGAAUGGCCGGCACCUCAGUGGAGCUGUGAAGUUCAGCUUCUCCCUUCAGCUUGUGGUCACCCUGUGAAUUGGAGGCACAAGAGCUGCUGAGUCCUGCAUCUGUUAAGGAACUUCUGUUAAGACACCACUUUAACACAUAACAGAAACCCCAGUGAAUCCAUUAAUCUAUCUCUUUAAGAAGGACUUGAAGUGAAUUUUUAAAAAAUAAUUUAAUUAUAAUAAACAUUAUUUGCAAUGGUAAGAUUUUAGUUUACACAAGAGGUGUUUGUGUCUCUGUACAUUUUUAGUCACUGGAUAAACUGCUUGGGCAAAGUAAAGGCUGGUAGACAAAGGAAAUGAUUUUUUACUAAAGUACAGAAGACAAGACUGCAUGUACACAAUACCAUAGGGCGUUAUUUUGAUAUUUGUAGUAUUCAUUGUAUACAGAUAAUUUGUGGGAAUUUGUGACAACUUGUAAGUGUCACAAUGAAGUUCAAGGAUGUCAAGUGUGAAUAGUAAUUUUUGUUUUGAUUUAACCAAAUAUUCUUACUUUCCCUGUAAAAUGUUUUGUGGAAGGUGUGUAAUGUACAUCUUCCAUAUUUACCUCAAGGCCGGUCAGUGGCUCCUGUCCCACAGUUUGACAAUCACUGCUCAGUUUGUCUUUUACUCAUUUACUAAAUCUUUUUAGUGACACCAGUGAAAUCAGUGCAUUGAGAGAGUACUGUAAGGGGUGUCCCUUAAAAAAGAUUCUUAAUUUUAACCAUUGGUGGGAGAGACAUUUGCUUACAUCACCCCACCGCCAUUUUUAGAACAUUUCUUAAAUUUUCUCCCAAAUUUUGAAUGUCCAGUUGCAUUUACCGGCACUCAUUGCUAAAAGCUCCAUGACUACCGACUUGGGAAAGCACCAACAAGCAAUAUUGUAGAGCUUUAUACAUAGUUGAUUGGUCAAGGUUACUUUGAGAUUUAAUUUUUGAUGCACCAUUUUUUUAUUGCUAUUUUUAUACUGGCAGAAUAUUAUACUGGUAAGUGACACAAUUAAUGUCAUGCACAGUGGUUUUAUGUAUAUACAAAGUAGAAUACCAAAUGUUUGUUUAUUUGGUUUUUUGUGGGGGGGUGGGGGGGUGUAUAAAUUAAUAAAAUGUAUCUAUGGUUUUGCUGAUCUUGUCACAGAGGAAUUUGAUUGAAAUAGUGGUAUUUAUAAAUGCUGUAAUUUUGUACAGAAAUAAUAAAUGGUGGAAUGUUUUCAUAAAAGAAUAAAUUCUUUAAAUUUUGUUUUUAUUUUUGAGAUUACUGCCCCCCCAAAUUUCCCCGAAUAACUUUUGUUCCCAUAUCACAGCCUGUCCUGGAACAUUUAUGAAUGUUUUGGAGAACCUUGGUUGAUAUUACGCAAGCAUCAGAUCAAUAGCCACAUGGAGCGCAGUUGGAAAGUGCUCAAAAAUAUUUAUGGGCCCCCCUUUGAUGGUGGACCUCAUCAAACCAGAUGCAUGCAGGACUUUUAUUUUUACAUGCUUUCUUUUUUCUUUUUUUUUAUCUUGAAAUCGAUUAUGCUUAUCAGAUGGAAUUAUAAGGUUAAUGCGCUUUUAUUUUAUGCGAAGCUGGCCUCCCGUCCAUGGAAUGUAUUUGGUGCUGUGGCUCGCUCUGCUGAUAACGACUGAAAGACGUCCACCAAAGACUGACCCCUCCUGGAAUGCCUGAAGUUCUAAUUUCCUCUCUUCACUCACACAACUGAUGACAUAGGAAGUCAACUCUGAAUAAUUAUUUAUGGAAAGAAAUUUUAUUAAAAAUAAUAAUAAACAUAUCAUUUGA